AUGGCAGGGAGCGUCAAGAACAUAGUGAUAGGUGGAGGCACUGGUAACAUAGGGAAAUACCUUGUCAGCAGUCUCAUCAAAGGGGGUCACAAUGUUUCCGUGAUUUCCAGACAAGCAUGGGCCUUGAAUAAAGCGUCAAAAGUAGCUCCUGCUGAUGGAGCAAGACAUCAGAUGGCAAAGAAUUUCAUAAGCUGGAAAGAUAUUGAUAAAGAUGGACUGCCUUUGGACACGGAUGUUGUUAUAAAUUUAUCUGGCCAAUCAAUUGGCAAGCCGGGACCUUGGAUAAAUUCAAUAAAGAAAUCCAUUACCAGCAGCAGAAUCGACACAACAACAAAACUUGCCAAAGCAAUUGCUAAAUCUGAGGCUCCUCCAAAACUUUUUAUAUCUGCUUCUGCUGUUGGAGUGUACGGUCUGGAUGCCGAGAAGACAUACACAGAGUCAGACCCUCCGGUAGCUAAAGGAAAGGAAACCUACUUUACCGACCUCUGCUUGAAGUGGGAGGAGAGCUCUAAACUAACAGAGGAAUGUCAAACCAGAGUUGUUAACCCUAGAUUCGGGGUGGUGCUGGCAUACAACACAGAUCCUAUGAGAAUGUUGUUACCACAAGGCCUUCUUUUUGGUGGAACUGUGGUCGGAUCAGGUGAGCAACCCUUCCCCUGGAUACACAUUGACGAUACAGUGAGCGCCCUGGAGAUGAUGAUUGAGAAUGAGGAAGUCAGUGGGCCUGUCAACUUUGUGGCUCCUCAAAUUGUCGACAACUCUCAGUUCACUCGGGCGUUAGCUGAUGCGUGUAUGACUAGUGUACAGAAGAUCACCUUGCCUGCACUUCUUGUUCGCCUCAUGUACGGAACAGAAAGAGCAGACUGUAUUCUUUUAGACAGUCCCAAAGUUGUCCCUCAGAAACGCUGUUCAAAGUUCAAAAAGUAUCAUAUAGGAAUCAUAGGAGUUUAUGGAUAA